AUGGCUUCUGAUGCCAGUCAUAUGCUGGAAGCAGCUUUGGAGCAAAUGGAUGACAUCAUUGCAGGCACAAAGUCAGCCACAGAGUAUGCUAAUGGUGGCUAUGAUAUUGUGUCACCUGCUCCAUCAGUGUACCUGGGCACAUUUCAAAUUUUGCACCUCCUGGAAGAUCUGAAGAUGGCCCUGGAGAUGCUGGAGGACCCUCAGGAGAAAGAAGCUCUGAGGAACCAAAUCCCAGGGGCCACAGCACUGUGUCUGCGGGAGUGGUUUGAGGAGAACCUGUCACAGGUGAACCAUCAUUCAUCCAAUAAUGAAACUUAUCAAGAAAGGUUGGCACGAUUAGAAGGUGAUAAAGAGUCCCUCAUCCUGCAGGUGAGUGUUCUCACAGACCAGGUGGAAGCUCAAGGAGAAAAAAUCCGGGACUUAGAAAUCUGUCUUGAGGGGCAUCAGUUGAAGCUGAAUGCUACAGAAGAAAUGCUCCAACAGGAGCUGCUAAGUCGCACAUCACUCGAGACUCAGAAAUUAGAUCUGAUGGCUGAAGUUUCAGACCUGAAGAUUAAGCUGGUUGGUAUGGAAAAGGAGCAGAGCGAAUAUGAAGAGAAACAGAACAAAGCUGAGUCAGUAGUGAACCUGAUCAGUGACCUACAGGAGCAGAUGUGUAGACUGCAGCUGGAAAUUAAUAGUAGGAUCCAAGAAAGGAAGUCUCAAGAUAGGAAAGCAGACUUGACCCCUAAUGGUCCUCAAUGUGGUGCAAGAUCAGUAGAGCCCCUGGGCCAGAAGAAUUGCUCUCGGUGUGAAGGUUUGUUACAGGAACUCAGACACCUCAAAAUUAAAGUGGAAGAACUGGAAAACGAAAGAAAUCAGUAUGAGUGGAAAUUGAAAGCAACUAAAGCUGAGAUAGCCCAGCUCCAGGAGCAGCUGGCUCUCAAAGAUGCAGAGAUAGAACGCUUGCAAAGUCAGCUCUCCAGGACCUCCUCAUACACUGAAGUGGCAGAAAGAGAGGAAGUUUAUAGGAGAAGGCUAAAAGAAAAACACCAAGAAGUUCAGAGGCUGAAGAUAGGAAUGGAGACAUUAUUGGCUGCAAAUGAAGAAAAGGACCGUCGGAUAGAGGAGCUGACACUACUGCUAAGCCAGUACAGGAGGGUCAAGGACAUCAUGAUUGCAGCUCAUGGCUCUCCUGUCUCUGGUGGCAGUGAAGAGGAAGUUGAGGCAACUUUAAGGAAGUGGAAUCUUCUGAAUAACUCUCAAGGGGAAUUACUGAAAACAGAGCCCCCUGCAGGAGAAUUGUCACCAGCUGUGCUCCCUCCAGUUCCACACAAAGCCAUGGAAAUCAGUGGAAGCAGUCCAGUAGCUUCAAGUAAUUUAACCUCUCAGCAGGAAGAAUCUCUGGAAUUCACAAAUAGGGUUCCACAGAAAAAAAAGUCCAGUAGUUUAGAAGACUUGCAGAGUGAAUCUUUGGAAAAGUAUGUAGAUGGAAAACCACCACAGCCUGUUGUAGAACAAGAGAGUAAGCCAGUGGGGAAAGGCAGCAAGUACCAGACACUGCCAGGAAAGCUGCCCCGAGCCCUGCAGAAUGGAGAGCAGGGAAUGUACAGCUCCCCAGAGGGACGUGGCACCAGUGAUAACGAUGACAACGGCGUCCCUGGCCUGAAUCGCGGCAGGAGUGUCAGUGCACCUGUGCUAGGAGAAACAGAGAACAUGGAUGGUACAGUGGUCUUGGAUGACCUCUCACCUCUCUCUUCGGGAACGGAUUCAGGUCCACAAUCUCCAUGGGCUCCAGAAAACAGAAAGAGUCCAAAAGGGAUCAAGAAAAUCUGGGGAAAAAUUCGAAGAACUCAGUCAGGUAACUUCCCUGCAGACGACCUGGGGCUGGCAGAGUUCCGGAGGGGAGGUCUGCGGGCAACAGCUGGACCUCGUUUAUCCCGAUCCAAGGACACCAAAGGCCCGAAGAGUGACCACAAUGCCCCCUUUGCUCAGUGGAGCACUGAAAGAGUUUGUAACUGGCUGGAGGACUUUGGCCUGGGCCAGUACGUGAUUUUUGCCCGGCAGUGGGUGACAUCAGGCCACACGCUGUUAACUGCCACUCCUCAGGACAUGGAAAAGGAAAUGGGAAUAAAGCAUCCAUUGCACAGGAAGAAAUUGGUUUUGGCCAUUAAAGCUAUAAAUGCAAAACAAGAUGAGAAGUCUGCACAACUUGAUCAUAUCUGGGUGACACGGUGGCUUGAUGACAUUGGCUUGCCUCAGUACAAAGACCAGUUUCAUGAAUCCAGAGUAGAUGGGAGGAUGUUGCAGUACUUAACUGUGAAUGACCUUCUCUUCCUGAAAGUCACCAGUCAGCUGCAUCACCUGAGUAUUAAAUGUGCCAUUCAUGUGCUGCAUGUCAAUGGCUUCAAUCCCCACUGUCUGCGCAGGAGGCCAGUUGAGGAGAACAAUGUCUCUCCUUCCGACGUGGUGCAGUGGUCCAACCACAGGGUGAUGGAAUGGCUCAGAUCUGUGGAUCUGGCAGAAUAUGCACCCAACCUUCGAGGCAGCGGAGUGCACGGGGGCCUCAUCAUUCUGGAACCUCGCUUCAACGGUGACACGCUGGCCAUGCUCCUGAACAUCCCACCCCAAAAGACCCUCCUGCGCCGCCACCUCACCACCAAUUUUAACGUGUUAAUUGGGCCAGAGGCACAACAAGAAAAAAGAGAAACCAUGGAGUCAGCAGCAUACACACCUCUGACAACCACUGCCAAAGUUCGGCCAAAGAAACUUGGAUUUUCGCAUUUUGGAAACUUAAGGAAAAAGAAGUUUGACGAAUCAACAGACUACAUUUGUCCUAUGGAUACAAGCCCAGCUGCUACGAAUGGUACUUCAAAAAAUUACGGUGGCUACAAAGGACUUAGUCCUUUCACUGACAGGGAACUGGAUCAGAUGGAACACUCAGAAGGCACAGUAAUGCAAAUAGGGGCUCUUUCCGAAGGCAUAACCCACCUCACGACACUGCUGAGCCAGGAUGAAAUGCUAAAUGACAGCAGGUUUUUAACACCCACCUUUGAAGACUGGAGAUGA